AUGUCGCCGGAAGACGCCGCCCCUCCUGUGGCGACACUGGUCCCACAAGCUUCCGACGUACAGGCCACAGACUUCCAAGCACCCAAGCCGGUGGUAGUUGCCCAUCCGCAACGCUUGGUGGGCUUCCUCUCUCCGCUUCCUUGGGGCGUCCAAUGGGAGAUCGCCCGCUACGUGAACACUGGUUUCGACUAUAGCAGGUUCACCAUCUCGAAGCUGAAAGAGCUCAAGAACAUGGGCAAGAAUUCCCUCGCCGCUCCUGAGGUGACGAAGUACGUCAGGCAGGAAAGGAAAGCCAGUGCGGCCGAAGGAGAUGUGCACGACGUCCCGCACGACGAGGAUGGUGACGACGCUUCGGAUGAGUUUGCGGACGCCUACUCCCGUGAGCAGUCCGCCAGGCUUCCGUGGGACGAGCUCGAUAGAGAAGACGAGAUCCUUCCCAACCAUCAGUACGGAGGGCUCGGAUGCAACGAGCACGAAGCCUACAACGAGUCCGACCCCGACUGGUACGGUGGCAAAGUGCACUUCACCGCUAAAGUCGUCGUCGCAAAAGACCGCCGCCCCAGCGAGUUCCGAUUCAUCCUCGAGCGCCCCGCUCUAGGGUCCUCGAACAGGCUCAUGCGGCGCUUUGGGUCACGGCGGUUUAUCCGUGCGCGCAUUCAGAAGGAUGCGCUGAAUCAGAAGGGGAACGAUCUCGCGGAGUACUUCCGACGGCCUUUCGUUAUCGGUGGCGCGGUGUUCCGCGCAUUCUUUGCGAAGGAACAAAACGUGUUCUUGGUGCGGACGAACGAGGCUGCCAUCGGGUCGGGAGAGGAUGUACGGAUAUCGACGCCUGACUCGAGUGCGGCGACGGAGAUGUCCUUCAUGCAGUUCAUCGAGUGGCAUAACUCUCUGUUGCUAAAUUCCGAUCAGACAAUGGCCAAAUGGGCGGCGCGCUUCGCACUGCCCUUGUCGAAUUCCAUGCCGGGUCUCCGUCUCAAACAUGACAACGUGAAGUUCGUAGAUGAUAUCAUUUGCGACGCAUUCGAAGGCAAGGGCAAGCCCCCAAGUGAGAUGCAAAUGACAGACGGCUGCGGCUUCGCGAAUCGUGCUGUCAUGCGCAUGUUGCACGACAAAUUCCCUGCUUGGCAAGACGAGCCGACGGCCAUUCAGUGCCGCAUCGGAGGUGCGAAGGGCCUGCUACUCGUGCGACACGACUUAUACUCCUCGCUCCCGUUGGAACAGUGCAUACUCCCCUCCGACACAGACCCGGCGAAGCUUACGCUUGACGUUCUUCGCGCAUCGCGUAUGAAGUGUCCCGCGCGUCUGUCGACCGAGACGAUUACGAAUUUCGCGGAGAACGACGUGCCGUACGAAUGCUUCAGCAAACUUUUCCAGAUCAACCUCGAGGACCGCGUGAAUGCGUUGCUGAAGUGGGAGCCAGCUGACACCAACGGGAGCGCGGAUACGCCCCAGCCUGACGCCUCUGCGAUGAAGCUUUUGUGGGAUGCACUCGCGCGUGAGGGCGGGGUCGUCGCUGCGCGCUUGGCGCGCGUCGAUUCGGGUAGGGCGCGCAUCUCCGGAUAUGUCGCAGACGACCAGGAGGACGAAUUCGAUGACGAGGACGGGCUCUCGCAGCUCGACACCGCUUUGCGCCAGCAAAGCAGCGCAUGGUGGGAGGACCCCAUAAGCGGGUCACCGUCAAGCCUAGAGGAGACGUGCAUGACGCUCAUCGACUCCGGAUUCAGGCCGGAUGAUUGUGCGGUUUUGGGUGCGAAGCUGAGGGAGGUGGCGAAGAAGGUGGUGAAGACGUUCCAGACGAAGUACCGUUUCGCGGUCCCGAUGUCCUGUUCGGCAUUCAUCGUCCCAGACCCUUAUGGUGUCUUGAAGGCAAACGAAGUCCACGUUCGCAGCUCAAGACGUAAUUUGCCCGAUCAUCAGGGCAGGCUCACCGACCUUGUCUUGGGGGACGUUUUAGUCACACGACACCCCUGUAAGGUUCCCAGUGACGUCCAGAAGGUCAAAGCUGUGUUCCACGAACGGCUGCGACACUACUGCGAUGUCAUCGUUGUAUCGACAGAGAGCCAGACGUUCCGGGGAGAGCCUCUCAAUCGCCAUCUCGCUAGUUUGACGGGAGGAGGGGACUACGACGGGGAUACCAUGGAAGUCUUCUGGGAUCCAGAUAUAGUCAACGCGUUUCAUAUUCCUGAUCCGCGUGUUUUCGCUGUCGAGCCGCCGAUGGUGAGAGCCUGCCUCCAGAAGAACACGGCUAUGGUCACAGAAUACCUGUCACAAAUCCCGUCUACGGCGUCGGAAGAGUUCAAGAUUUACUCCCUACAGAAGUAUCUACUAGGAGCACUCCAGGAUAAAUCGCUCGUGGGCCAGUAUUCGACGUGGUGGGAGAAUAGCACGUAUGCGAAUGGGUAUAAUCAUUCUGACACUAUCUUCCUCGCAUACAUGUUCUGUGCGAUUCUCGACGGGUCCAAGACGGGCGUAACAGUGGUACCAGCGAAGUAUAAGGAACAUUGUCGAAACCAAGUCUGGCAGGCUCGCCCCCCUGCAUGGAAAGAAUCGGAGGAGGAUCGCGAGCGCGAGGAACUGGCACGAACUUUCCGGCGGCAAGUGCAACGACCAGAUACGCUGCCCAGAUUUAUCAUGGACCGCCUCCGCGCUUGUGUGGACCUUGCUUGUACCACACAACGCCGAAUCAUUGAGAAACGGCUUCCCCCGGACUUCAUCCCUCCCAGGGAUGACGCCCUCGCCCGUCCAUGGGAAGAAGCCUGUUCCCGUGCAGAGGAGCUCGCCGCCAGAGGCUGCAACCUCAUGAGAGAGGAGCUGGAUGCGAUCAAGGCGCACGUGAAGGCCAUGUACACCAGGGGCAAGGAGAUGCUUCACGCCGCGGCUAGAGAGCAGAAAACCGGACAUUUUACCGAGCUCCCCAUCGAGAAGCGACAGGAUGCCCUACGCAAACUGUCUCGAGAGUUCCAUUCGAGGCCGCCCAAGCUACUUUUCUUCGACGCAGCGUCGGCGCGCCGGGUCAAGUCCUCGUACGCAUAUAUCUACGACUACGAGCACUCGCGUGGGAAAUGGAGUCGCUUUCCGUGGAACGUCGGAACGCGGGCGCUCUGUGAGAUCAAGGCGGAGGCGUUGGGAUACCCGAAGACCAUCGCAGCGGAAUUCUACUCAUGGAUGGCGAUUAGCCCCGCUUAUAUACGGAAAUAUUCUCAGGUCUAA